ACUGUUGGUUUUAGACAGUGAUUGUGUAAUUUGUAUGUUGAACGCCAGAAUGUAGUCACAAACCAAGUCAUAUAAUAAAUGUGAAAAAAGCAUUAUAUUUAAAAGUAGCUUUAAAAAUGUAUAAAGUACGUUUUUGUGAGGGUUUUUUUUGGCUUGCAGUUUGUCUGUUGGUCCUUUUUUUGAAAGAAUAUGUCAUCUGUGAUCACUCUGUCUCUCAUGACAUGUUUUUUUUUAUAUAUAUUGUUAUGGGCUACCCGGCCUGACCUUGCGAAGAGGAGUCUGAGAAGAGCCGGGCAGGCGGAGUGAGAACAAUGAUGUGUGAUAGGCAGAAAGGCCAGGGUAAAGCAGAAGAUGCCAGGGAGGAGGAGGAGGAGGAGGAGGAGGGGCGGGGCAGACUGAGCUUCCUCUCCCUGAAUUAAACGCCCAUGAGCGGUGCUCUUCGCUGACAGCAUCCACAUUUACACCCGUACACACACACACAAACCCACACCCCGAAUCCCGUCCCUUCCACUGUUGGAUUCAGCACAGAUUUGGGACGCUUUCACCUGCGCGCGCCUCACCCGCUGUCCGCUGAUCCGCGCGCGCUGGAAACCACGAGUACCGUCUGGUCCAUCUUGGCCAGACCUGUCUCUGCCUAUACAGCCAUACAGCAGUUUGAAGAGGAUUUAAAUGCACAGAGCAUUGACCUACUGGCAGAGCUUACAAACCUCUCCAUUGGCUCUCUACAAAUGAGAAAGAGAGACGGUGGGAUACAGAGAGAAACAAAUGAGGGCAGUAGGGGGAGGAGUGAGAAAAUGCAGCAGCUGUGUGACAGUGGAAAAGGGAAUGAAUGAGUAUCUCCACUCUGGUCCUGAUGGUUAUAAAAGCAUACCUCCGCUACCCUUUAUCAUAUACAGGAAAGAAGGAUGUGAUAUCCAAACCAAUUAAGGAACUUCAGCGUUUUGAAACUUGUAAGACACUACUCACUCACAGUCAUUUAAAUGGAGGAAAGAGAGAGGAGUAGGAGUCGCUCUCCACGCAGGGUGCGUCGGGUAGAGCAGGUUGUGGGGAGAUGGCUGCGUCGAUCACGGGACUCCCUCAGCAGGGAGCGUAUUUUGGGGGACAGGAAGUCAGGCCGCUCAGACGAUGGAGGCCAACACCAUUUCCCAGUAAAGGAGACUGUGGAGGUGAUCAGAGAUGCUGUGCUGGACUCGCAUGGCUUUACACUCUCCACACAGCUUCCCCUGCUGGUCAGGGAUGUUAUUCCAGGAGGACCAGCAGAUGGGCGGCUUUUACCAGGUGAUCAAGUAUUGAAAGUGAAUAACAAAGCCAUCGAUGACCUAUCUCCUGAAUAUAUAGACAACAUGAUUAGGCAGUGCCAGGAUUCUGUAACCGUGACAGUCCUCAGAAACAUGUUGAACCCCAAGUCCUCAUUUAUGUCAGCAGAAAAGAGAGCUCGACUGAGAAGAAAUCCGGUUAAAGUGCGCUUUGCAGAGGAAGUAUUAGUCAACGGACACACUCAGGGAAACUCUCUUCUCUUCCUGCCCAAUGUGCUUAAGGUCUACCUAGAGAAUGGGCAAACCAAAGCCUUCAAAUUUGAUAAAACUACCACAGUGAAGGACAUUGUGCUGACUUUAAAGGACAAGUUGUCAAUUCAAUCUAUUGAGUAUUUCUCUCUGGUGCUGGAACAGCAAUACAGCAUCACCAAGCUGCUGUUACUGCAUGAAGAUGAGCUCAUACAGAAGGUGGUCCAAAAGAAGGACUCGCAUGAUUACAGAUGCCUUUUCCGAGUUUGUUUUAUUCCCCGAGAUCCAGUGGACUUGCUGCAUGAUGACCCGGUCGCUUUUGAGUACCUUUUUCAUCAGAGCGUUGGGGAUGUGCUGCAGGAACGGUUUGCAGUAGAGAUGAAAUGUAACACUGCUUUGAGGCUAGCAGCAUUGCAUAUGCAUGAAAGGUUGGCUAGUUGUGGACAAACUACUAGAGCAUCUAUCAAGAAUAUUAUAAAGGAGUUUGGAUUGGAGAGUUUUAUUUCACCCACACUACUGAGGAAUAUGAGGGAGAAAGAUUUGAGGAAAGCUCUUACAAGUCAUAUGAAGAAAAUCCAGUCACUGCUUGAACCGCGUCAAAAAAUAAUCUCAGUGCCUCAAGCCAGGUUAGCAUAUCUAACACAGAUGGCAGAAUUGAUAUCAUAUAGUGGGAGAUCCUACAAUGCCACCAUGCUGCUGCAGGACCGGGAGUCGUUGGUGAGUUUGUUGGUGGGAGCACGAUUUGGUGUCGGUCAGAUACUAAACCACAAGCUGAACAUGAUCUCGACUAUUAUAGACUUCCAUUAUAUCAGCCGUGUAGAAGUGCUCUCUGAGUCUGACAGGGUCAGCAUGUUAAAGAUCUACCUACAUGAUAUCCAGCCCCUGGCUUUGCUGAUGGAUUCUGUAGCUGCUAAGGACUUGGCAUGUCUGCUGGCUGGCUAUUGUAAAUUGUUAGUGGAUCCCAAUAUGAAUGUGUUCCGCUGGGGCCCUCGGCCCAAAAUACGUCGUAUACCGUUAGAAGAAGGCUUUGGAUUCCGCUGUGGCAGUGACUCAGAUGAGAGCUCAGAUGAGGACUACUCCAUGGACAACCUGGUAGAUACACCAGUCUCUGAGGACACUGUCUCCACUCAAACAAAUGAUGACAGAGAAGAUGAGAAAGAUGAAGAGAUACAAGAAGCCAAAGCAGGUAUUGUAAGGGUGAUUGUGACCCAGAUUGAAAAAGUGGAGAAAGAAGAUGAUGGUGCUCUGGAAGGAACCAGUACAUGUGGCUCUAUUGAGGAUGAAGACUAUGCAGCAAGAGUAGAUGCACUUCUGGAAACAGGAUGGUACACAGACCCAAGAGUCAACAGCAGUUUUUCUAGUUUGUCCAGUAACUCAUUUAACACUCUUGAUGAGAUUAGCAGGGUAUCCAAUACAUGGCCUGCUCCUUUGGACUCUUUUCAGGAAGAGAUGCCCAAAUCAGACCAAGCUUCUGGAGCCUCUAGCCUGGAUGUUCACCAUCCUUACCUGCUAGAGAUCCCUGAACAAUUGAACCAGAAAGAGAUAUUAAACCCCCCUUCUAAAUUGCUCUAUGAUAAGCACAGUGGCUUGCGGUACAGUGACCUUUCCCAAAUGUCUGACUCCCUUCCAAGCCCACCUGAAGCAAGUGAUGAUGCUCUGAGUGAUUUGGAAGAGAUUAAUAAAGAUGAAAACAAAAAUUAUACAUCUGCAGAUAUUGAUGCUGUGCUGGCUUCAGUCAGUAGUAAUAGCAUAAAAUCUACAGUAGCUAGCUUUAAUGUCCAAGCACUUUUAGCAAGGAUACGUAACCAUCCAGCAUGUAAGAAAGAUUUAAGAAACCUCCACCAGAAAGAGGAAGCAAGAUCUAAAGGCACCUUGUCAAGACCAAAAGUUCAACCUCCACCUCCUCCACCAAGAGCAGUGUCCAGAGUUUCAGAACUAGCAAAAGACAUCAGAAACAGUGGGUCAGAAUCAGAAGAUGAGUUCUUUGAUGCACAGGAUCGUCUCACUCCACCAAUCUUAGAACAGCCUGCAGAAAAAAAAAUAAGUGGAAAUGGAAUAGAGCAUGCUCUGAAAAAGACUUCUGCAAAGAUCAGUGUGGAAGAACCAGCAACAUCGAAGAUGCAGAGUCAACUGGACAAGCCGCUUGAUAAUUCUUUAUCUAUAAGUAGAAACAACCUGAAGAUGGAUAGUUCCAUGCAUGAAGGUCUCACUCCUGCAAAAAAUUUUCCUGGUAAUAAAGAGCUCAAUGGUCCACCGGCAAAGACUAUCUCAAAUGAUCACAUCUUGGAAAAGAUGGGGCAGCAAUGUAAUGGAGAUAUUCAUGGACAUAAUGCUCACAUGUCCUCUGAACUUUUGGAAAUGGAGCCAGACACUAUGGAGUUUAAGCCUGUUACUACAGUUGGUCCACCAAGAUCUUCCCCCUUAAUCACAGCAGUGCGACGAAGUAAUUCCCAGUUAUCAACCACAGUGGAUUCUGCAACACUUUCAAAUGAUGUUCAAAAUAUCACACAACAUAUAGACUCGAAAGAAGAUGAACUACAUAAAAAAGAGGAAAGAGAAGAACACCAAUCACUGCCUUCUCUGCAGUCUGUGAAAGAACAAGACCAAGAACCUGACAAACUUAUAUUUAAAGUUUUGCAAUCAUCUGCUAGUCUAGCUCUAAAAACUGCAGAUGAGAAACCAUCAAACGGGAUUUCUUUGCAUACCUGGUCCCAGCGAAAUGGGUCAACACAAGGCCUUCCUCUGAGUAAAGGGGUCUCUCUGAGCCAUGAAAAUCUCAAAUGCCAACUAAGGAAUGAGAGUACUGCAAUUUCAGGAAGCAGCGCUUCAAUUUUGACAGCCACUACAACCCCAUCUGUGGUGAUGAGAGGCUCUAUAAGCUUGGAUCCCAAAGAUUCAUUUGGGAUUGGAAGGAAUUUUAGCAGCAGAAAUUCUUCUGGGCGACUGUCUGCCUCAGCACUACGUGGAAAGAUCCAGGACAUGCCCUGGUAUCUUACCAGAUCCCAUGAAAUUUUGGGGACGAUAGCACUUAGCAGCGAUAAAUUAGGAUACCCAACAGCAUCCAAGGGUGCAGCAGAUUACAAGGACUCGACAAAGGAAUCUCCAAAAUCUACUUCAGUACCUGCUUUGAAUGAUUGGAAAGAAAAAGAUGCCGAGGUGGUUGUUGUAAAGCUCAAAGAUGGGCCACAAGAAGUGGCCUCGCAUGUAAAAGACCCAGGUGAGCAAACGUCAUUUUCUGGUCAUCCAGACCUGAGUCAGAAUGGAUUACAAGACUCCACUGAACUUUUCUCACGCUUGGGGACGUGCAGGUCUGAACAGCCGAAGUCUCAAAAAAACAGUGGUACAAAGGAUAGUCUGGAAAGGCCAUCUCCUCCAUCUAGCAUUAGCACACCCCACCGUGAUGCAUGUGGGUGCCAUACUGUUUAUGCCAAUUGCUUUAGUGGGGAUAGUGAGGAUGUGUGUGGUUUUGAUGAGGAUCUGACAGUAUACGAGUUCUCCCGUCAAAAACGAGUCAACAAACCACCCCAGGCCUCUAUUGCUCCUUCCUCUGCCCCAUCUUCCAACAUCCUGUCUCUGCUUAGAGACUCACCACACCCCCUUUCAAGUUCGUCUGAGCUUAGCCCCCUCUUUACUCCACCUCGGCCUAGACCUCUGGGAUACAACCCAAUGGACAAUCCACUUCGGGAUCUUCAAGAAAGACGAUAUGUAACAGGCCUAAAAGGUUCUGGGCUUAAAGGUGGCUACAUGUCCCUGCACAAAGAUAUUGAUGAACUUUUGCUGGUGCUUAAGAACGGUGAGACUGCAAUAAAUGCUCCAGGCCAAAAGGGGCCAUGUGAAAAGGCUAGUGGUAUGAAUGGCAAUUCCUUUUCUGAAACAGAGCGUUGUUUAGUGCAGGCCGAGGCACGGAGGCUGGCAGCAGGAUGUCAGCGUGCCACACGAGUUGGUUGGGCACCGGAUGAUGCUCUUCUCUCACUGGGCAAUAGCUUUGGAGCUUUGGUACAUCUAGCAGCAGCUUGCCUUCAAGUGUCCUGUUCACACUGUGGAAGUUGCCAUGGUGAUAUUGAUGGCACUGAAGCCCUAAGGAAGCUUCAAGAAAUCGUUUGUCUGUACAAGGAGUUUGUGAUAGCUGUAGAAGCAGCCCGGGACGGGGAGGGCGUCAGAUUGUUAGCUAAACAAUGCACGGUUCUCAUCUCUACAGUCUUCUCUUUAACGCAGCUUUUUAGGACACAUACUCCAGACACAGACACAGACACUAGACAUUUAGCCCUAAACUUCUGAACUUGGAACUUUUCAUUGAAAGAGAGCAGAGAAGUAAAAAAAAAAAAAAAAAAGAGAAUAAUAAUUCUUUUCUUUGGAUUUAAAGACUUUGAAUGUGUGCUGGCACACAUGAAAUAAAAGUAAGUGCCGUGUACACACACAAACACACAAAAUCUCAGUCAAACCCAUGAGAAGGCAAAUUAGUCUACCAAAAAAGUAGAACCUUUGUCUCCUAAAACUGUUUGUCUUGCCAAGUCUCCCUAUGAACGGGAUAUGGUUUUAUUGUUACACACUGUAGCUAUUUUCUAACAAUAUCUAAUUUCUUUAUGUAUUCAAGUACUUAUUUAUUUUUACAUACCUAUGUGUGCGCACCGUGGAUUAUAACCUAUACCUACAUUUUCUUUUGUUGUAUGUAAAGUCCUACCUCUUGGUCUAAUAACUAGUGAAUCCUGACAGAAUUAGACAGUGUUAUGGUGUCCAGUGUCUGUAUUUUUUUUUUUGUAAUGCUCUUCACUGAUUUUGGCAUGGUACUUCAUGAGAUGGACAAUGCAGACACCAAGACUCUUUAAUAUCCCAAGUCCUGAUUAUGUGUACAUAUAAUAGAUGCUAGAAAGGCUGUAUAAAACACUCAGUAUCAUUUGAAUUGUGUGCAGUAAUUGAUCAACUCACUUUCUGAAGUUUGUCUUCUUCCUUUUGUUUUAAAGCUGGCUAGAAAUUAAUUAAUGAAUGCCGAGAGAAAUCUGAAAGUGUUUAAUUUAAUAUGUAUGUCAGUAUGAACCGUUAUGUUUCUUUUUCAUUGGUAAGUAAGCUUAGUGUUAAUAGUAGCGAUCAGUUUUAUCCAAAGAUGAUGCAGCACAGGGUGCUCUGUCAUUGUGACCAUUCAUUUCUAGCACUAGUCUAACUACACUAUUUUUACUUAUUUUAUUACUAUGCAAGUCUCUCUAACUCAUAUCUUUUGUCAAAGUUUUUGUAUUUAACAUUGCUCAUAUCUGAUCAAAGCUGUUUUGAUAAUGGGGCUUCCCAAACAAACCUAAGCCUUAUUUUUGAUCUGGAAGUGCUUUAAAAAAAAAAUUCUGGAUUGAGGUCAAAUUAAGUACUUAUGCAAUUGCAUCCUGGAUCAUAAUUUUCCCUCUGAUUAUUGGGGGAAGAAAUAUUACCAGGUAUUAGUACUAGUGUUUCAAUAGUUAUACAGUGGGCAUCCCAAAAUUGAGAAAGUGUUCUGAGUUUAAGUAUGAUUGAAUUCAUUGUGUCAUAAUAUGUGGCAUUUUCAGAGUCAUGUGACUCUCUGUAUGGUCACAGAGAGCAUUCAUCAUUUCAUCUUUCAUGUAAGGGUUAAGUCUGAAGUAUAGAUCUGCAUGAGAGCACCUUUCUAAAUCGGUUCUGAAAGAUGAUUAACAGAUCAAUUAUGAACAUAAUAUGGUUUAUUAAAUAAAGUCAUUAGAUUAGAGAAGAGCUUCCACACAUCACACAUACACAUGCUGAGAUCACAUGGUAUGUCAAACAAUUAAGUUACACAUUACAGGCAACAGGUCACUUACAAGAGCAGGAUAAUAAAAAAAAAAGCAAAAUACAUACAUUUUUCUUAUUCCAACUUAAUAUUGCAUUAAUGGUCUUGUAGUAUGUUAAUAAAUUUGUUCCAGCACACCGACACAACUUAUGGCACUAAUCAUUACACUAAUAAUGUUUAUCAGCCAUAUCAAACUACCUGAAUGAGGACAACCUCAAACAGACCUGUAGCUAUUGUUUUGGGGUUUUUUAAAAUAAUUUUGUCAUAAUUGUAGCAACCGAAAAUGAAAAUGUACUAAGUUUUAUGUGUAUGCGGAUAGCUUGCAUUUGGAGUCCACAUAUAUAAACCCAGACUAGCUCUGAACAGUGAGAAAUUGUCUGAAAAAUGAAGGGACAAUCGUGGAGUCAUUUUGCAUUCCUUCUACUGUAUCACUUAUUAAAGAAUGAAAUUAAUGGAA